UAUCAAGCAUGAGAUUUAUGGCAAUUUAAUUAGCUUUGCUUAAAGUAUUACUUUACAUUUGAAUCUAUUAAUUAAAUGGCCUGGUAGUUUUCUUCUUUCGAAUCAAUUACUGUUUAUUGUAUACAUUAAUUUGGAACAUGGUGUUUUUUGGAUGCAAGAAACGUUUCAAACAGCUUUGCGCUACUUUAAUUGCUCUUUUGUUUAUGCGAUUAUUCUAUUCAAAAGAUAUCUACAGUAUACGGGACUUCAUUGGUGGAGCCGAAACCCAAAACUCUUCACUAGAAGAUUACAGUCCUCGGCCAAAAAACGUUUUAGUAUUUCCCAAAAACUCAUUUCAUGGACGUUUAUUUUCUGGCAACGCCAGAAAAAAAUGUCGGCUCAACUUCGACUGCGAUUUCUCCCAGAUCAAACAGCAAGUCAAAACCUUAUCGAAAUAUGAUCUAAUAGUGAUUGGAGAGAACGAAGGAGUAGACAGAAUGGUGAAGAAAAUUCACAAGCAUCAGUACGCCAAAGAGAGGAGAAAAGACCAAAUAUGGGCAUUCAUAGCAACAGAACCGUCCACAAGACUAGAAAAGUUUGAUGGUUUUCGUGAUAAGGAGCUGCAAAAUGCACUGAACUGGACAAUCUUCGCAUCCCACAAAGCGACCAUUAACUACCCAUUUUUCAUCACAAAAGCGGCAACUCCAAGUUCAAUUCAAAAAUCGGAGCUGAUAACAUCUGAAUUGAAAUCCAGAAAAAAAGAUGUCUGCUGGAUUUUUUCCGACUGCAUUGUUGAUCAAUCUGGGAGACAAGGAUUUGUGAAAGAGUUUCUGGCUCACUAUGAAGGGAACUUUCAUGUAUGGGGCAAAGGAUUACAAGAGUGCAUGAAACAACGCGGGAUAAAAGAAAAAGUAGUGGACCAUGGUUAUCUUGAAGGAAAAAGAGAGGACGUUCACGCACCACAACAACGAAUAAUCCAAGACUGCAAAUUCUAUUUCGCCCUUGAAAAUUCGUAUUGCGAAGGUUACAUUUCUGAAAAAGUUUACAAUUCAGUAGAAGGCGGUGCUAUUCCAAUCAUGAACGGGUGGCGCGAAAGCUGCGACAAGCAGCUACCUAAAGGGUCCUUUAUUCACGUUUCGGAUUUCGAAUCAAUUUCAAACUUGACAAAAUAUAUCGAGCGGCUUGUGAAAAACGAGAAUGAAAUGCUAGCUUAUCAUAAAUGGAGACAAACUGCACGCCUGGAGCAAAGUGAAAUUGAAACUGUUUGCAAAAUAUGCAACAAGCUCAAAGAACUGGAUUAUAGAAAAGCUAUGGGCAUGAAAACGGAGCCAGAAAUUAUAGAGAAUCCGUAUGAAACAAUCAUUAAUCUACAAACGUGUAUUUAGAAAAAGGGUCAGCGAACAAUUUAAUACCCCGGGUUGACUUCCAUAGAAGAAAAAUGCUUAUCAUACAAUUUCAUAUAUAGUGUCUAUGGAAAAAAAUGCUUAUCAUACAAUUUUCAUACAAAAUUUUAAAACGGUUUUAAAGAAUUUUGGUACAGAUACAUAUUCUACUUGGCGCUUUUA